CAACAAAACGAGGCACAUUUGUUUCGGUUUGUGGAGAGUUGAUGACUGAGCAGCUGAAGUUGGUGGAAGUUCAGGUUUCGCUGCUGAAUAUAGCUGACACUCUGGACAGACGAGGACACGCGGGUUGACAAAAUGGCUGCGCCUAUCAUCAAAUCCAGACAAGUGCAGAAAGAAGUCAAUGGAAUUUCGACAGAAGUCAUCUGCACAGAGUUCAGUAAUUACAUAUUCGUGGUUCUCACUCAGUACGGCAAAAUUGGGACGUUGAUAUCUGUCACACCUGACUCCAGAUCUAAUGAUAUCAGCACCCCAACGUUCUCCACUAAAGUACUGCUGGGCAAGGACGAGCCAAUGACACAUGUCUGCGCCAAAAACUUGGGAAUGUUUGUGUCACAAGAAGCUGGCAGCAGGCCCGUUUUACUUGGACUGGCACUAAAGGAUUCUUCCAUAGACACAAUAAAACAAAUAAAAGAGGUCAUCAAAAGUUGUCAAGUCUGGUAGGAAGUCAUGCAAAUGGACAAAGCCUGUGGAUUUGGUGAAGUACAGGUCGUCUGGAUAUUCCUUUGUCACAAUUUCCGCUGCUUCUGUUUAGACCAAACUUUAUCCUCAAAAGUAAUGUUUAAAUUCAAAAUAACAGGCUAGUGCUCCAAGACAGAAGUGUGUGAAUCCAAAUUCAUUUCCUCUGACCCUUUGUAUUUGCUGAGAAAGUACAAGAUGUCUUCUGGAAAACAUACAUUUGACAUCAUGCUUUCGUAAAGAAGGAUUUUCUACAUCCAACUGUCCUCUCACAGUCUGAAAAUGUGUGUCCUCUUUCAUCACUGUAUAAAAUGUUUUUGAAAUGUUUCAUACUGCUCAUUAUUUUUGUGUUUUAGAAUGCAAAUAUGUUAACUUGUUUCUUGAGGACAAUUUGGAAAUAAAUUCUUAAACAGCACCAUGUA